GUUAAUUUGUAUAUAAAUUGAAAUAAUUUUAGUAAAAAUUUAAUAACAAAAAAGUAAUCAUGAAGUGUAUAAUAUUAAUCGUGGGAGUUUUAGCCAUCUUAGCUUUAGCUCAAGCCGAGGAUGAGGCUGCUCAAGCUCCACAAUCAGAACCGGAUUCAGAACAAGCUCCUCAAUCUGAAGAACCCCAGGACGAUGAAAAUGAAAACCAACAUCAUCACGAACACAGACAUCAUCAAAAACGUCCAUCAGAACAAGAACCACAAGCCGAUGAUCGUCCUGAUGGUAAACCACCAAAACGUACACCAGUAGGUUUCAAGAUUGGACUCGGUUUUGAUUUCGGCAAAUAGAUUUGUACUUAAUUCCUUAAAAGUAUAAACAUAUCCAUACGAAAUAAUAACCAAUAAUAAAUCAUUGCAAAGCAAUCUAAUGUAAUUU